CCAACAGCUUCAGCGGAAAAGUGUCUUUGGCUUUAAAGCAUCGCUUUUGUCCCAGCCAUGGCUGUGAACGUGUACUCCACAUCAGUGACAAGUGAAAACCUCAGCCGCCAUGACAUGCUCACAUGGAUAAACGAGUCUUUACAGAUGAACCAUGCCAAGAUCGAGCAACUGUGCUCAGGUGCUGCUUACUGUCAUUUCAUGGACAUGCUGUUCCCAUCAUGUAUUCCACUGAAGAAAGUCAAAUUCCAGGCCAAACUUGAGCACGAAUACAUCCAUAACUUCAAACUCCUUCAAGGCAGCUUCAAAAAGAUGGGAGUUAGCAAAAUUAUUCCUGUUGACAAGCUUGUGAAGGGCAAGUUCCAGGAUAACUUUGAGUUUGUGCAAUGGUUUAAGAAGUUCUUCGAUGCAAAUUAUGAUGGAAAGGAAUAUGAUCCGAUGGCUGCUCGGCUGGGACAAGAAAUGCCAACCAGUCAGAGUCCAGCAGCAGCUACAGCUAACAAGCCAAAGAAACCCAGCUCAGACACAGGCAUCACACCUGCAGUCAAGCCAAUGGCCCCUGUUGCUCCACAGCGUUCAGCCACAGCACCUAAAUCUGCACCAAAGGCAGCUCCAGCUGCAACGCGAGGCGCAGGAACAGGCGGCGGCGAUGAAGAGAAAGGAGCACUUACUCAGACGAUAAAUGACCUGAAGGCUACUAUUGCUGACAUGGAAAAGGAAAGGGAUUUCUACUUUGGCAAACUGAGAAACAUUGAGCUCAUCUGCCAAGAGAAAGAGGGUGAGGGUGAUCCUACACUGCAAAGGAUUGUGGAUAUUCUGUACGCCACAGACGAUGGUUUUGUAAUUCCCGAGGAUGAGGUGGGCGAACCAGAAGAGUUUUGACCAAUACAGGGGUGACUGUCUUAAAAAAAAAAAA